AUGGAUUCGUGCGGCAAUGACUGUGUUCUCAAUGUAACUCGGAUCAUAAAAGGCAAUUCCUUGGAUUUGAAGAACCUACAGAAAAUGGUCAAGGCAAUCAUCCCUCUAGAUGAAGUCUAUGCUGAAAUUUUGAUAGACGCGUACAAAUUAUGUGGCAUGAGUUUGCCAAAUAUGCGAUUGAUGAGCAAUGAUGCAAAUUCUUUUAGCGGGGAACCCAAACAGGAUGCUAACCAAAAUGUUGUAACUAGAAAUGGUAUUGAAAAUGAGAAAGAUGAUGAGGAAGACGUAGAGCCAGUGGGUUGCUCCACGCUGUCGAUGAUGUUGAACUCUUGUGCCAUCCAGAUGACGCUUUUGACUUGUCCACCAGAGCGUUGGAAUGCAACAGCGAGCUCCAUUUUAUGGCUAGUUUGUUUCUUGGUGCCAAUAUUGUUGGUGCCUGGACAAGCAAUGAGUUGCUCACAAGUAUUGGACACCAAGAGCUUGGACUUAUGUUGCGGUCAUCAAGAGGAAUUAAGCGAAAAUGUGUUUCGUAAAAAAGGUUCCGAUUGCAGUGAGUAUAAGGAGAAUUAUGGCCCGUGUCGCUACGAAUGUCUGUUCAGGGAGUGGAAUCUCUUCGAUGAAAAAGAUCACUUGAGUCAGUUGCAUUUACGCAAAAUGAUAGUCGAUGUUUAUAAGGAUGACUAUCAAUAUGGUAUGCUUCUCAGGCGCUCCUACGAACGCUGCGAGGGGCUGGUGGCCAAUUAUGCAGAAUUUCUUCGCAUGUAUGAGGCGCAGAGCCAUAAUGAAGGAAACUGUUCGUCACAAGCAAUGUUCAUUGCAAAAUGUGCGUCAGCCAAUAUCUUUGUCCACUGUCCAGAGCAAUACUGGCAUGAUUCUGACGAAUGCAACACUAUGAGACCAACACUUAUUACCUGCAUUAGUUUACUCAAUGACUUGGAAAACAUGGGUGCUGAUGGAAAUCCGGAUACCCGUAGUGCGGCAAUACGUCAAACAAGACAAGCCCGAGAUGCAUCCACUCAUUGGUACACUGCGUUUCUGAAUUGGUUGCCAAGCAGCUGUGGACUGUAGCAAGAGAAUUGAUAUGAAGUCCAUCAAGAGCUGUUGUGCAACGCCGGCGAUCACAUUUGAUGCUUUCAAGGAUCAGUGUAGUAACUACAUGAAUAAGGGGCCGCAAACAACACUUUGCCUUUACGAGUGUAUCUUUAAUGCGACAAACACGC